AUGGAAGAUAUGAUACACUGGGGAAUAGAUAGUUUGAUCAGGGUGCCGCUCCAGAUUUUUCGUGAGAGUCUUGGUGGAGGGGCACUCCCCAUUGAAAUGGAUCGGAACAGCAAGGAUAAGGGAACAAUGAUGAUAGGCAAUAAGAGACCCGAUUUUCUAUGUUGGGUGAAUGGUGUGCUUCUGUUUAAGGGCAAAGAAAAAGCUGAGGCUGAUGAUUUUCCUGUUGCUGUAGAUGAACUUAAAGAGAAAUUCAACAAGUUUGAUCCUUUGUAUUUUGGGAAUGUGCAGUUUAUGAUAUGUUAUACUGUAGCAGGACUGCUUUUGGGAUUUUAUGUAAUCAAUGGAUUACCCAACUCAAAUCCACUGAAUCACUUAGUUCCACUUUCGAAUCAAUUAAAUAUUAAAAACAGUCGAGACCGUGUUUCCAUCCUUUGUAUGGUUGUUAAUAUUGCAUGCAUAAUAAGGACUGUGAGUAGUACAAUUCCAAGGACAAUUGUUCCCAUUGGGAAACAAUUGAAAUUAGCAAAAUCCACUAUUACAUUUUUUGAGGACUCAGUAGAGAAAAUGGUCCCACUAGAACAUCUUCCAUAUGAGGGAGAUGUAAAUGAUUGUGUUGCUUUCUUACAGCAAAUGUACAAUUGUGCAAAAGGCCACCCAGGCCUUAUUAUUAUCCAAGUAAAGGAAGGCAGAGGACCAAAGAUAAAGAACCAAGGGAUAUAUAGGGUUGUAUUUGAAACACAGGGCCAGAACUUUUAA